GGGGUGGGAGUGAGGAGAGGCCGGGCGCCGGCUAGGAAGCUUCGUGCGGUCCCGAGGCCUGACCUUCCAGGGCUGGUGGCUCCUUGGGUUUGGCAGGGCGACGGCGCGAGUGCUCAAGGCCGCACUGGGAGCGCUUGGAGAGGCGCAGAGGACGGCCAGCCCACAGCGAGCGGCCCGGGCGUGCAGAUGUCAGGAGCUAUCUUUGCGCCUCUGGAGGGCCCAAGCUCCCUGGAUGCCGCCAGCGGCCACCCGCUGGUUUGCCCUCUGUGCCACGCGCAGUACGAGCGCCCGUGCCUGCUGGACUGCUUCCACAGCUUCUGCACCGACUGCCUGCGCGGCCGCGCCACAGAUGGCCGCCUCACCUGCCCGCUGUGCCAACACCAGACGGUGGUGAAAGGUCCCAGUGGGCUCCCGCCAGUGGACCGGCUGCUGCAGUUCCUGGUGGACAGCUCCGGGGAUGGCGUGGAGGUGGUGUGCUGUGCCAACUGUGACCUGGAGUGCAGCAAGCAGGACCUGGAGACCAUGUACUUUUGCAACACCUGUGGGCAGCCCCUGUGCGCGCGCUGCCGAGAGGAGACGCACCGGGCGCGCAUGUUCGCGCGCCACGACAUCGUGGCCCUGGGCCAGCGCAGCCGCGACGUGCUCCAGAAGUGCACGCUGCACGCCGAGCCCUACCUCAUGUUCUCCACCGACAAGAAGUCGCUGCUGUGCAUCCGCUGCUUCCGGGACAUGCAGGGGGAGAGCCGGGCCCACUGCGUGGACCUGGAGUCGGCUUAUGUGCAGGGCUGCGAGCGGCUGGAACAGGCGGUGCUGGCCGUGAAGGCCCUGCAGACGGCCACGCAGGAGGCCACCGCGCUGCUGCAGGCUAUGGUGGAGGAGGUGCGGCGCAGCGCGGCCGAGGAGGAGGCUGCCAUCCACGCCCUCUUCGGCAGCAUGCAGGACAAGCUGGCGGAGCGAAAGGCGCUGCUGCUGCAGGCCGUGCAGAGCCAGUACGAGGAGAAGGACAAGGCCUUCAAGGAGCAGCUCUCCCACUUGGCCACCUUGCUGCCCACACUGCAGGUUCACCUGGUCAUCUGCUCUUCCUUCCUCAGCUUGGCCAGCAAGGCUGAGUUCCUGGACCUGGGCUAUGAGCUGCUGGGGAGGCUGCAGGGCAUCGUCACGCGGCCGCACCGCCUAAGGCCUGCGCAAAGCAGCAAGAUCGCCAGCGACCACCGCGCCGAGUUCGCCCGCUGCCUGGAGCCGCUGCUGCUGCUGGGGCCGCGCCGGGCGGCGGCCGCCGCGGGUGGCGCCAACUCGCUGGCAGGGGGCUCAGGCCCCAAGGUGCUGAUGGGGCCCCGCUGCCCCUCCCCGGUGGGGAAGAUGUUGGUGUCCCUGGUCCAGAAGCCCACGCUGCACCGGUCCAUCGGCACCAAGGUGCUGCUGGCUGAGGGCGAGAACACGCCCUUCGCAGAGCACUGCCGCCACUAUGAGGACUCCUACCGGCGCCUGCAGGUGGAGGUACAGUACCUGAAGGACCAGGUGCAGGAGCUGCACCGGGACCUCACCAAGCACCACUCGCUCAUCAAGGCGGAGAUCAUGGGCGACGUCCUGCACAAGGCCCUGCAGCUGGACGCGCGCAUCGCCUCGGAGCACGCCUCCACCGAGGGCAUGAGAGCCGUCUUCCAGGAGAUUUGGGAGGAAGCCUAUCAGCGCGUGGCUGGCGAGCAGGAGAUUUAUGAAGCCCAGCUUCACGACCUCCUGCAGCUGCAGCAGGAGAAUGCCUACCUGACCACCAUCACCAAGCAGAUCACGCCCUACGUCCGCUCCAUCGCCAAGGUGAAGGAGCGGCUGGAGCCCAGGUUUCAGACACCCGUGGACGAACAGUCAGAGAAUCUACAAAACAUGUAUGACGACAGCAGGAAUGGGGAGGCCCCGGCCAGGAACGAUCCAGAAGUCCCAGAAAAGAGAGAGGAGACGUCAGAGCCUAAAGGAAACAGCUGGACCCUGAACAGCCUUUCAGAAGAGCUGCCACUGAAAAAGAAGGACUGUCACAGACCCACACAGAAAAAUGGGGGUGACAUCCCUACACUAAGGAAACACCCAAAUUAGCAAAUGGACUGGUCCCAAGUGGUCAGGCUUUUUAUAGCAUGUAUGUCAAGGCUGGGACAUCAUUUAAGACAAGGUUGUUCCCGUUGUAGUUAUUUCUUUGAAACGUGAUUGGUUAUCUAUCAAUAGUAAAACUCAGAAACUCUCUGACAGGUCAUACUUUCAGAUUCUUUGGCUUGGGCUAAGUCUCCCUUUUCCCUACGUUCACAUGGUAUAAAGUCUCCGUCCUAAUCACAGUGACUUGGGACAACUUCCCAGUCCGCGUGGAAAACGUUCAAGUGAACAUCCAGCCUAAAAUCGCUCACCUGUGCAGGGUCUAUGUACUGAGGGCCCACGUGUUGGGCCCUGUCUAGGGUAGGCUGUGGUCCCGUAGAGGGGUACUGGUCUGUUUCAGGUAACAAGGCCCCGCCACCACAGCACACCUGCCCUGCCAAGAACAAAUCCAGUUUCUUCUGAAUCACAGCCCCACUGCUAACCUGGUGCCACCGGCAAGCUCCACCUGGUAAUCUGAGCGGUGACUCAUGAAAGGGCCAAGAACCUUUGCUGCAGCUUUUCUCCCUUUGUGGCAGGGGCAGAGCUCGUGAAGCCGGGGGAAGCAGCUGGCCAGCCCGCGUGGCCGAUGUCAUCUUACAGCCUCACGACUUGCCCAAAGUGCUGUAACC